AAAAUACGCGGUAAACAGCUCCCCAUGUUGAGUCCUCUGCCUAUAAUGAUAAGCCUCAUUAGACUUUCUGUGUGUGUAUACUGUCUCAUAUGGAUCAAAUCGGCCAUCUUCAAUUACCAUCAGCCUUCAUCAUCUCUUCAUUAAAAACACGUGAUAUACAUGCGACAACCGUGCCUUUUCUUUUGCCUUGGCCGCCUUAUAAAGUUUGCCUUUCUUUGAAGCUUAUAAUGAAGAUCUUCUUUGUGUUUUUUCUUCCUUCUUCUUUUUCUUUUCUUUCUCCAUUCACUUUGCCUCUCUCCCAACACUAGCCUCUCUCCCAACUCUCUCUUUCUGUAAUGCCUCCCAAUACGGAGCUGCCUUCUAACACAUUCUCGUCACCUCCUAGCUCGGAGGCUGCCAGCGAUGAAGCACCGCCGACAAUACCACCAAAACAAAUUAUUGUCGUCGGACUCGGCAUGGUUUCCGUAUCAUUUAUUGAGAAAGUUCGCGAGUAUGACAAUGACGCCAACAUGUAUCAAAUCCGUGUGUUUUCUGAAGAACCUGAAGUUGCUUAUAAUCGUGUCGGCCUCACUCAAUACUUUGGACAUUGCGAUGUCGAGCAGCAACUGAUGCAACCACGCUCUUGGUAUACUGAGAACCAAGUCCAGGUCGAGCUCGGCGAUCCAGUAGAAGAAAUCGACACCGAGAACAAACGCGUACGCACACGCCUUACAGGCUGGGUCGACUAUGAUGUUUGCGUGAUUGCCACAGGCUCUUCAGCUGCUUUACCUCCAGGCGUCACACUCGGCAAAUACGGCGGUGUCUUUGUUUAUCGUACACUUCAAGAUCUGGAAGACAUUAUGGCCUGGUCCAAACUCGAGCAUGUCAAGCACGCAGCCGUUGUUGGUGGCGGUUUGCUUGGUCUGGAAGCUGCCAAAGCUGCCAAGGAUUUGGGCCUUGAAGUCAGCAUCUACGAACGAUCCGAUCGUCUCAUGUCCCGUCAACUCGAUUGUGAAGCCUCGGGCGUCUUGGAAGCCGAAAUCGAAAAGCUCGGUCUCAAAUCUUACGUUGGCGAUUGUCCUAUGGAAAUCCAAGGUGGUGAUAACGUCGAGAACAUGGUGCUUGCCAGUGGUGGUACUCGGACCGCCGAGAUGGUCAUUUAUGCCAUUGGUAUUCGACCCCGCGACCAGCUGUGCGAGAAUACUGCUUUAGAACGUGCUCCACGUGGUGGUUUUGUAGUCAACGAUCGACUUGAAACAUCUGUGCCGGAUGUCUUUGCUAUUGGUGAAUGUGCCUCGCACAAUGAUAUGGUGUACGGUCUCGUCGCUCCAGGUUACGAUAUGGCAGAAGUGGUUGCUCGCAAUCUUACCACCAGGCUCAACCAGUCACGCAAGGCAGCCUUCCGUGGUGCCGACAUGUCUACCAAACUCAAGCUUCUCGGUGUUCACGUUGCCAGCUUUGGCGACUGUUUCCCUGAUGAGUCCAAGACCCAGCCUCUGGUCUACCGCGAUCCAUUCAGCGGUGUCUACAAAAAGUAUAUUUUCACCAAAGACGGCAAAAAAUUAGUCGGUGGCAUGAUGGUUGGUGACACCAACGACUAUGCGAAAUUGCUUGCCUUGGUCCGCUCUGCCAAACGAUUGCAAUCACCCCCCUCCGAGCUCAUUUUAGGCGUCCAGGGUGGCGACAGCGUCCAAUCUGCCGAUGCUUUACCCGACGACACCCAAAUUUGCUCCUGCAACAACGUCACCAAGGGCGGGAUCCGUAAGAUCAUUCGUGACAAAAAAUGCGAAAAUGUCAAUCAAGUCAAGUGUUUUUCCAAAGCCGGCACCGGAUGUGGCGGCUGUUUGCCUCAAGUCCAAGAAAUUUUUGAAGGCGAGCUCAAGGCAUUGGGUCAGACCAUCAGUAACUCCUUGUGUAGCCAUUUCAAGUACAGCCGUGCUGAGCUGUUCACUAUUGGGCAGGUCAAGGAACUCAAGACAUUCGAUGAUUUUGUUAAGCAUGCUGGUGCAGCUGGAACAGCUGGCACAGAUGGCUGUGAAGUCUGUAAGCCCGCCAUUGCUAGUAUCCUUGCCGGUCUCUGGAAUGAGCAUAUUUUGAACCCAGGCCUGCGUCCGCUCCAGGAUACCAAUGAUCGUUAUCUUGCCAAUAUCCAGCGUGGCGGUCUGUACAGUAUUGUGCCUCGUAUUCCAGCUGGUGAAGUGACACCUGAAAAGCUCGGUGUUAUUGCAAAGGUUGCACAAGAUUACAACUUGUACACCAAAAUCACUGGUGCUCAGCGUAUCGAUAUCAUGGGCGCACGAAAAGAAGAUCUGCCGCAAAUCUGGGAAGAUCUUGUUGAUGCUGGUUUCGAGAGUGGUCAUGCCUACGGCAAAUCUUUGCGUGCUGUCAAGAGUUGCGUAGGAACGGCAUGGUGCCGAUAUGGUCAACAAGACUCCGUCGGAUUUGCCAUUCAGCUGGAGAACCGGUACAAGGGUAUCCGUUCACCACACAAGCUCAAGGGUGGUGUGUCUGGCUGUAUCCGUGAAUGCGCCGAAGCACAGGGCAAAGAUUUCGGCUGUAUUGCCACAGACAAGGGCUACAAUGUCUAUGUGUGCGGUAACGGCGGCUCCAAACCCAAGCAUGCAGAGCUUCUCGUUGCCGACGUCUCUGAAGAACUUGCAAUCAAGUACCUUGACCGCUUCUUAAUGUACUAUAUCAUGACAGCCGACAAGCUGACCCGUACUGCCCGCUGGAUCGAGAAGAUGGAAGGCGGCAUCAACUACCUACGCAAAGUCGUUCUUGAAGACCAUUUGGGCAUUGCCGACCAACUUGAACAGCAGAUGCAUAAGCUGAUUGGCGCGUAUCAGUGUGAAUGGACGACUGUUGUCCGUGAUCCCAAACGCCGCAAGCACUUUGAUGCAUUUGUCAACUCUGAGGAGCGCGACACAGUGAUUGAAAUGGUCGACGAGCGUGGUCAGUUACGUCCAGCCGACUGGCCUAAGGAAUUGCCACCCAUGGCAAAGCUGACUCCUUCCACACCUGAACAAAACACAUGGUUGAACGUCGGCUCUACAGACCUGUUUCCUAUUGACGAAGGCAAGGUCGUUCGUGUCGGGAGUGUCCAGAUUGCUGUGUUCCAUACGCGAGACAAGUGGUAUGCGACCCAAAAUAUGUGCCCACACAAGCGUGCAUUGGUUCUUGCUUCUGGUUUGCUCGGUAACGGUCAGUCGAACACACCUUAUGUAUCCUGCCCAAUGCACAAGAAGAACUUUGAUCUGGAAAGCGGUGACUGCUUGGUGCCAGGUGAAGAGGAUAAGUACCGUCUUGAAACGUUCAAAGUCAAGCUGGAAGGCAAUCAGGUCUAUUUAAGCAUACCACCUAUGGAUAGUCUUGACGAAACACUCGGAUCGGGCCGAACCAUUAUCCAGCGUGGCAUGGCCAAAGCAACGAUCGUGUCAAUGCAAGAUGCUCCAGCUUGCGGCACUGCUGGUGGUUGUGGCGACAAAUCGCUGGAAUGGUAGAAAACAGCUGUCUGUAAAUUCCAAUUAUAUAUCGCUACCUAUCACUCUACUACAAGCAACCUUUCAUCUCUCGUAUACAUUCUCCUUCUCCCCUAUUGAUACGAGUACUAGCAUUCUUGCACAUCUGUUCUUCCUUUUCGCAUCUUUUUUGCAUAGUCAUAUACUGUAUAUAUAAAUAUAUAUUAUUGAUAAAAUUGUUUGAUUAAAAUACAAA